UACGACUGCUUUCCCUUACAAAGAUGUCUGCGCCCAUGGCCACACGAAUCUCCUCGAACGCAGACAUGCAUUAAAACAUUCUUAUUUGUUUCAGUAAGAAGUAGUUUGGCUUGUUGAAGAAUGUACAGUUAUUAACUUUAUUGGCAUGUUAUUUAUCUGAACGUGGAUGCUUUAUCAACGGUGCCUGAUAUUUAUCAGUGAAAGGCUGCUUAAAGUGGGCAGAUUUUUCACAAGACCAGCUAGAAAGAUGGCAAGUGCAUAUAUUAGUGACCCAGGUGUGGAAUUAGAAGACACGUGUCAUCAAACAAGCGUUGAAAGCCAGAACAAGGACUAUUUGUCGAAAAGAGCUCGAAAACGGUUGGAGAAACUUCGCAAAUACAAAGAAAUGAAAAAAACUAAGAAAUCAUCAACAAAGAAUACAAGUCCUGGCUUCAGUGCGGAUUUUUACAAAGAAACGGAGUAUUAUUUUGAAAAUGGAUUGAGGAAGGUGUAUCCAUACUAUUACACAUUUACAACGUAUGCUAAAUUUCGAUGGCAAAAUAGAACUAUCCUUGAUGUAUUGGCGACGGAGUUCAGGGCAAACUCAGAGCAAGAUUACAAAAAGGCUAUUGAGAACGGUACAGUGACGGUGAAUGGUCAGACUGUAGCACCUGACUACAAACUCAAAAACAAUGACUUAAUUGCUAAUAAAGUACACAGACACGAGAACCCUGUACUGGCUACACCCAUUGAAGUGAUAGCACAUGACGAUGACAUCCUCGUAAUUAACAAGCCAUCGUCAAUUCCGUGUCACCCGUGUGGUCAGUACCGUCACAACUCGAUAGUCUUCAUACUGGGGAAAGAACUUGGCUGUGCCAACUUGACAAACAUCUACCGUUUGGACCGUCUGACGUCAGGUGUGCUCAUCAUGGGAAAAUCUCGUAAGAAGACGCGAGAGUUGGAGGAUCAGAUUGUUCAGAGGAAGGUUCAAAAACAAUAUGUCAGUCGUGUAGUGGGCAACUUUCCCGAUGGAAUUGUUGAGGUGAAGGAGCCACUUGGAUGUCUGUCAGAGAAAGUUGGAUUGUUUAGAACUAAAGCAGGUGGCAAGGAAAGUCACACCUCAUUCGAGAAGCUCAGUUUUAAUGGACAAUCCAGUGUCGUCAAAUGUAUACCAUACACUGGACGAACACAUCAGAUUCGAAUACAUCUACAAUUUUUGGGUCACCCUAUAGUGAAUGAUCCAUUUUACAACAGUGAAGCAUGGGGGAAAGAGAGAGGCAAGGGGGGUGUUUAUGACCAUUCAGAGGAAGAGAUUGCCAAAAAGAUCAUGGAGAAGCAUUACCUGGGAUUAUGGGAAGAUGGAGAAAAUCCUUUCUUCCACGAACGACUGCAGGAAAUCAAAGAUACAGCCCAAAACACUGAAGAUGCACAGACACCAGUGGAGGACUUGCAAGGUCAUCAGAAGAUGGAAGCAGACAAAUUGAAAUCUGAUGACAAUGAACCAUGUUGUAAGAAGUUGUGCAUUGACGACUCUGUUUCUAAUGAGCUUGAUUCAAACUGUUUGUCAGAUGUUCCUGUCCAUUCAGGCAACAAUUUUAACACUACAGAGAGCAGUGAUGCAAAUGUUGAAUCAUAUACAAAGCAUAACUCUUCAGACCUCAACAAAAUCAGUGUCCAGUCAAAUUCUAAAGGUGAUUUUUCAGAUCACUCGGAAGUCAGUGUCCAGUCAAAUGCUAAAGGUGAAUCUUAUAUCAGAACCCAUGUCCAUGAGGAAUCCAGUAGCAAAGUUGAUAGUUCUCUUGGAAUUGAUGUCCAUGUUGACUCUGGCACCCAGGAAGACAUUUCAGACUCCAAUAACAUCACUGGCGAGUCAGAUACCAAGAGAGACCUUUCAGAAGCAAGUGACAUGCAAAUGAAGUCCAGUACCAAGAGUGAUCUUUCAGUUGGAAGUGAUGCUGUUGUGGAGUCCAGUACCAGUGACAAGUUGUCCAUUACAAAUCCCAGCAAACGUUGUUCUAAUGAUCGACCUGGCUUCGACAGAUGGAAGUGGAUACCUGAUGUGAACUGUGACAGAUGCAAAAAGAAAUACACCAACCCAUCUCCUGAAGAGAUGAUGCUCUAUCUUCAUGCUCUCAAGUACAAGGGUCCAAACUGGGAAUAUACUACAGAUUUACCUGAAUGGGCAAAAGAUGACUGGAAGGAAGCAUAAUUGAUUAUUUUAUCAAGUGGCCAUUACCAGAAUACCCAACAGUUACGGUUUUCAAUAAAAAUAUAUAUAUUCUA